GCGCGAUUUAUCCUGGCAAAAAUCAAGGGUGAGAUCCUAAUUGAAAAUAAGCGUAAAGCGGCAAUUGUGGAGCAGCUAGUGAAAAAGGGCUUCGAUCGUGAUCCCGUCAAACAGUGGAAGGAGCUGCAGAAG